AUGGCAGGCUGCAGGUGGGGGGCGCUGUGCGUGUGCGUGGCCGCCGCGUGCUUGCUGUACGCCGGGGGGCUGGCGCGGGCCGACUGCUGGCUCAUUGAGGGCGACAAGGGCUUCGUGUGGCUGGCCAUCUGCAGCCAGAACCAGCCGCCCUACGAGUCCAUCCCCCAGCAGAUCAACAACACCAUCGUGGACCUGCGGCUCAACGAGAACAAGAUCAAGAGCGUGCAGUACGCGUCGCUGAGCCGCUUCGGGAACCUGACGUACCUCAACCUGACCAAGAACGAGAUCGCCUACAUCGAGGACGGCGCCUUCUCGGGCCAGUUCAACCUGCAGGUGCUCCAGCUGGGCUACAACCGGCUGCGCAACCUGAGCGAGGGCGUCCUGCGCGGGCUCAGCAAGCUCGAGUACCUCUACCUGCAGGCCAACCUCAUCGAGACGGUCACCCCCACGGCCUUCUGGGAGUGCCCCAACAUCAUGAACAUCGACCUGUCCAUGAACCGCAUCCAGCGGCUGGACAGCGGCACCUUCUCGGGCCUGGCCAAGCUGUCCAUCUGCGAGCUGUACAGCAACCCCUUCUACUGCUCGUGCGAGCUGCUCGGCUUCCUCAAGUGGCUGGCCGACUUCACCAACAUGACGCGCACCUACGACCGCAUGCAGUGCGAGUCGCCGCCCGACUACUCGGGCUACUUCCUGCUGGGCCAGGGCCGGACCGGCUACCGCAACGCCCUGAGCAUGCUGUCCGGCCUGUGCACGGACGGCGCCUACACGGCCGGCUCGCGCUUCGUCCCCGCCCGCUACCCGCCCACCACGCCGCCGCCCGAGGGCCCCUGCGGCGCCGAGGACGACUGCUUCUCGGGCGACGGCACCACCACCCUCGUGGCCUUCCACACGCCCGCCACCAAGUCCGAGGUGCGGCCCAACAUCUGGGUGAAGCACCUGACCCACAACUCGGCCACGCUCGGCGUCCAGCUGCCCACCCCCUUCCGGAAGAUGUACGUCCUGGCCCAGUUCGAGAACGGCUUCUCCUCGGACAUCACGAGCCUGCACAAGGAGCGCGAGGAGAUCGAGCUGUCCAACCUCAUCACCCACACCAACUACACCUACUGCGUGGUGUCCCUGGGCCACCCGCUGCGCUACAACCACACCUGCCUCACCAUCUGCCCCACCAAGCCGCCGCCGUCCCCGGGGCCCGUGCCCAGCCCCUCCACCGCCACCCACUACAUCAUGACCAUCCUGGGCUGCCUCUUCGGGAUGGUGAUCGUCCUGGGCGCCGUCUACUACUGCCUGCGCAAGCGGCGGCAGCAGGAGGAGAAGCACAAGAAGACGGCCGGCGGCAUGAAGAAGACCAUCAUCGAGCUCAAGUACGGGCCCGAGCUGGAGGCGCCGGGCAUCGCCCAGCUGUCGCAGGGGCCCAUGCUCGGCGGGGAGGCCGUGACCCGCAUCCCCUACCUCCCCUCCGCAGGCGAAGUGGAGCAGUACAAGCUGAUAGAGAGCGGCGAGACCCCCAAGACCGCCAAGGGGAACUACAUGGAGGUCCGGACGGGGGAGCAGCCGGAGAGGAGAGAGUGCGAGCUCGCCCUGCCACCCGACACCCAGAGCUCCGUGGCCGAGAUCUCCACCAUCGCCAAGGAGGUGGACAAGGUCAACCAGAUUAUCAACAACUGCAUCGACGCCCUCAAGUCCGAGUCUACCUCCUUCCAGGGAGUCAAGUCUGGAGCCGUGUCUACUGCCGAGCCCCAGCUAGUGCUCCUAUCCGAACAGAUCCCCAGCAAGCACGGCUUCCUGUCCCCCGUCUACAAGGACAGCUACAGCCACCCGCUGCAGCGACACCACAGCAUGGAGGGGCCCCCCAAGCGCGCCAGCACCUCGUCCAGCGGCUCCGUCCGAAGUCCCCGCUCCUUCCGCUCGGAGGGGUCCUCUGCCCACAAGACGGAGGCCAAGUACAUCGAGAAGACGUCCCCCACGGCCGACACCAUCCUCACUGUGACACCGGCGGUCGCCAUUCUCCGGGCGGAAGCCGAGAAGAUCCGGCAGUACGGCGAGCACCGCCACUCGUACCCGGGCUCUCACCAGGGAGAGCAGCCGCCUCCCCACGACAGCCUGGGCGGCCGCAAGCCUUCCAUCCUGGAACCUCUGACCAGACCCCGUCCCAGGGACCUAGCCUACUCCCAGCUCUCUCCCCAGUACCACAACCUGAGUUACUCCUCCAGCCCCGAGUACACCUGCAAGCCUUCUCAGAGCAUCUGGGAGCGCUUCAAACUGAACCGUAAGCGCCAUAAAGAUGAGGAGGAAUACAUGGCGGCCGGCCACGCCCUGCGCAAAAAGGUCCAGUUUGCCAAAGAUGAGGAUCUCCACGACAUCUUAGACUACUGGAAGGGGGUGUCUGCACAGCACAAGUCCUGA